CGGGUGCCCCGCCGUUUCCUGCAGCCCCCUAAGGAGUUCAAGGUGUGGAAGAGCAACGCCGUGCCCCCGCCGGAGACCUACAGCCCGCCCGAGAAGAAGCCCCCGCCGCCCCCUGCCCUCGACAUGGCCAUAAAGUGGUCCAACAUCUACGAGGACAACGGCGAGGACGCGCCCCGGCAGGCCGGCAAAGCCAAGUUUCUGCCGGAUGAGGAGCAGGAGCCGCUGGAAUCGGAUGGUGAAAAAGAUGAUGAACCAGCUUCUGCUAAGAAACGUAAACUAGACUCUGGGGAGCAGACAAAGAAGAAGAAGUUAUAAAGCAGGGCAUGCUGGAUUUAGCCAUAAUGAGGAUUUCAAUGAACUUGGAUUCCUCUGCUGGAAUGGGAAACAAAUACAUGUUUACUGAAUUUCUCUCUCCUCUUGGGUAGGGAAUUUUAUUUCUGUAGUAUGCUUGCCUUUUGGAAAGCACAAAAUUAAGUGGACAGUGUCGUGAUAGAAACUCAUCUACUGAACAAAAUUUAAACCUGUUUAUUUAAAAGAGGGGUUUAGAAGAGGGAUUCAUUUUAAUGGAUACUUGUGCUCAUGCAGGUUACAGGGCUUCAUGGUAUUUUGUUUAUCAAGAGACCUAGUAACAUGAGCUUAUCUGGACUGACUUUUUCAUGGUGUCAAAACCUUUUAUAAAGGAGUAUAUACUAAAGAUUCUUUAAGUACUGUCCUGUGAUAUGUUUGCAUAAUGUUGUUUUGAAAUGUAUGUAAAGACUGCAAAUAGGUCACUGGAAUAAAACUACAUUUGAAAAC